AUGGCUCAAGCUUGCUUAACCCAAUAUUUUACGCCGAAACGAUCCCGACAUUCUUCAACCAUUCUCGCUAAUGGUGAAUCCAUAAAGUCCCAAAAACGAAAGUUGAGAGUCGAUGAUGAAAAUAAUGAAAAUAUCUGUUCAUCAUCCAGCAAAAAACGACGAAUUAGCCCAUCCAAACCAACCGACGGUUAUUUACAAGGUUGCGAUUUAGAUCAAAUCGAUAAAUUACCAUUGUCGAGAAAAAAUCGUUAUGAUGAUGGAAAAGAUGAGAAAAAAGUCAGAACAUUCGAACGACAGAAGAAGUGUCUGACUAAAGUAGCCGAUAUCGAUGAAUUGAAAAAACAUCUCAAAGCUGUCCGAACUCAUAUUGAUGAAAUCAAACAACAACGUACAACCACAACAUCAUCAAAUGAAAUCGGAAAUGAAGCUCAAACGAAAUUCGUUCCUGCUCACGAACGUUUUGCUCAUCUUCUUGCUGAAAAACCUUCGAUAACCGAAUCGACACCAAUCAAAAAGAUUGCUUCACCUGCUGAUAUCCGUCGAUAUGUUCAAGUCACCGAAAGUGAACGAUUAAAGAAAGUCUUAGCUAAAGUUGAACCAUCAGUGGUUGAAUCUCUACCAACGACACCAUCGAAACGUAUUGCCGGUAUAAAUAAUCGUUUACUUGAACAAAUACGUUUGAAGGAAGAGUCACGUACUCAAUUAAUCUCUUUGGAAAAUACCGGUGUUGUUCAAAACGAGAAACAGCGUUCAAAAACCUAUGAAAUGUUCCAUCACAUGCGAGAAUCUGUCGAGAUAAUCGAUCAGUUGUUUACUACAGAACGACAAGUUGCUUUAGAAUGUGAUCGUGUUUGUGCUAAACUUAUUGAAAUACAUUCCGCUCGAUACAAUGAAGAUCAAGCCAGUGAAAUGUUAGAUUUCAUUGUGAAAUCUAUGGAAGAAUGUCGACCUGGUUAUUUGAUUUCGUUAAAACUACGAAAUAAGCAAUACAUCAAAAUGAAUCGAGCAAAAUUAACGAUGGCACAAUUGAAUGAGUUUCUUGACAAGAAACUGAUCGAAUUCGGCGAAUAA